CGGGGAGUCAAAGUGAAACUGCAGCUGCUUCCUCGUUUAUUGUCUACAGAUUAAUCUUCGCUGUUUGGGAUGUCGGAGGUGAAGACGAGCGAGGGCAGUGUGGAGGUGGAGAGCUUCAAAGCUCCACUUUUCUACAGACAAAGCGAGCCGGCCGCCGGAGAAGCAAAGAUGUUGGUUCUUCUCCUUCAUGGUAUUCGUUUCUCAUCGGAGAACUGGCUCAACAUCGGCACUCUGGAGACGCUGGCCAAAGCUGGCUGCCGAGCGGUCGCCCUCGACCUGCCAGAACUCGGUCGGUCCAAGUCGGCCAAAGCGCCGGCGUCGGUGGGAGAACCGGCCCCUGCAGCGUUCCUGAAGGAAGUGUGUGACCAGCUGAGUUUGAGCCCUGUCGUAGUGAUCAGCCCGUCACUCAGUGGGAUGUACUCCCUCCCUUUCCUCCUGGAGCAUCAGCCUCUGAUCCGAGGCUACGUUCCCAUAGCGCCAAUCUGCACUGAAAGAUUCACAGCAGAACAGUACCGGAGCGUCAAGGUCCCUACGCUGAUCGUUUACGGCGACCAGGACACUCAGCUUGGAGAGGCGUCGCUCCGCAACCUGAGCAAUCUGACGAAUCACAAGGUGGCGGUAAUGAAGGGAGCCGGACACCCGUGUUACCUUGAUGACCCAGACACCUGGCACAAAGCGCUUACCGACUUCCUAGAGACUCUGUGAGGCUCUUCGCUCAGUUUCAAGCAAAGAAAUUCCCAACUAACAUGCAAAGGACUGAAAGGAGCCAAACUAACAAAUCACUCACAAGACAUUCCUCAUGCACUACAAAACUACAAUUGUAAAUCAAAGGUUUUGAUGUUCAAUAUAUUUAGAAAGUCAGAAGUGUGAUAUCUCUACUUUAGCGGUUAAUAGUCUGACCAAAUCAAUGUCCAUUAAUUACGUGGAUGAACUGCUUUCAUACAAGUAGGAAAAAGAAAAAAAAAAUUCAGAUUACAUAAUUUACACAUUAAGCAGUACAUAAUAAGCCCAACAGAAUAAACCUUCAUGGAGGCAAAUAAGGUGAUGAACAAAAACAUCUGGAAUGACGUACACAACUGACAUGUUUUACACAUUCAAGUAAUGCCCUGUUGUAAUGUUCACAGGAGGGCAUUACUGCCCUCUUGUGGACUGCAUCAGUAACUGUAGGAAAGCUUUAACACCUGAACCUGUUUGUAACUAAAUACCAGGAUGCACAUCUAUUAACAACCUUGAGAGAUAAAAUUAACUCAUAUAAAGUUUGUAAUUAAUUAGUUUUAGUAUUUGAUAUACUAGCAGGACGGUUUCACUGUUGACCGGAAAACAGACCAAACCAAGCUGUAGGUUUGGUUCUGGUCAUUUGACCCCAGUUUCUGUUUCCAUCCUCAAAUUAUGUUCUAUUUACUUAUGUGGGCUCUUACUGUUUCACUUUGGAUCACACCUGAAACUGAGGCAAUGUAAAGAAUAUCUUACCAGAUUUAUGGAGACAAAAGACUGAAUUGUUGCUUUAUGACACAAAGUUAUGUUUUUAGAUUUAAGUAAACUUUGCAUUUAAUUUGGAAACUGAAGUCCAAUUUGGUACAAACUGAAGAUGCACAUCAUCCAAGUUUCUGGAGAUCCUCUGUGACGCUUUAGGAAUCCCGCUGCUGGUUUUGGUUCUCUGUAAGGAAAAUACCUGGACAUUUCAGAGCACAACAUUCAUGCCUAUUUUAAUUUCCUGCAGGAUUUGACACCUGUCCACACUACCAAAAAUACCAAUACUGAAUACUUAAUGGCCAUGUUAUCGCUGUUGUUGAUUUGACAGCAAACAUGUAAUUUAAAGGUUCCUUGAUUUCACCUGAAUAAAAUGAUUACGUCAUCAACAACCUGGAUACAGAUUGUCUAAUGCAUCUGUAUCCAUAAAGCUGUUUACAGGUUCUGAAUAUUGAUAAUAAACACACCACACAGUUAGAUGAAGUGAAAAAUAUGAACAUUAUUUAAUAACUGAUUCUCUGUAAUAAACAAUUUGAAAAUAUUUUACAAGGAGUCACAGACACAAUAUUUUACAAAUUUUGCCCUCUUCUUUUUGUUUCAUUAUUUUUUUUUCUUUUAAGCUUCAUCUGUACAAAAGAAUGGAGCCACAUGGACCAGUGCCCAAAAGAGAAGGAGCUAAAUCUUCCACACGCAACAACAUUCACGCUCACACACACGUACAAUAAGUAAAACAAAAACAGAACCAAAAAAAAAAAGAAGAGAAAACCAUUUCGACAUCAGAUCUCAAACUUA